CAGCUGUUUUUAUAUCACAAGUAAAAAACCCUUUUCACAAUUCAAAUCAAAUAAAAUGAAUACAAGCACUUCGAAACUGGGAACUGGAACAAAGACGAUGGGCUGUCCAAAGUCGAUACUCAUCCUCAAGGAUGCGGCUGUGGACGAAGUCAAGGUAAAUGGACCGAAACAGUCCAAAAAGCACGUUACCUUCGAUCGUUUUACCAAAUAUUACUCAUAUACGGAGAAUUGGCAAGUGAAACUGGAGAAAACGUGCCCGCUCUCGAAUGAUGAUUGGGAUCUGAAUGAGGAACAGCUUAAUGCAGUAUCAGCCAGGGGAAAGCGAGAGCAACGUUUAUGAAGUUUAUAUUUUAUAUUAGUUGAUUACGUAAUAAAUUAUAGAGACAGCCCAGUCUACAAAGCGUGGCCGGAACCAGAAAAUGUUUUUAUGUAUGCUACGUGACAGUUGACGAACCCUCUUCAAUAAACCACUUUCAAUUAGGCUCAA